UAAAUCUGAACACACCAUUUUAUAUAGAGUCUUACUUGAAAUCACUACAUGGCCUUUUUUAAUUUCAUUGAAUGACCCAGGACCUAAAAUAAAGUAAAACAUAUUUUAGUUGCUUUAUUCUGAGAUAACGAGGGCAUGUUGGUAGGAUUUUAGUCAACUAAACAACAAACGUGCCCUUUGCACUAUCGCAAAGUUUUAUGAAGGCUGUAAACUCUGAACACGAAUGCUUGUGGCUCCCCCUAGUGGACAAACAUCAGCAUAACAAUUACAAACUGCUUUUCAAACUUCAGAAAGUAAUUUAAACUUUAUUUUAUGAAUUACAGUAAACCACAAACAAACUAUCACUAAGUUCUAAAAUAGUAAGUUGAAAUAACUUGUGCACCCAGUUUAUAAAAAAAUAUAAAAAUGUAAUUCAGCUGUAAUAGCUGUAUUUGAUUUCUAUAAAUACAAUUUACCGUAUUUAUAUUGUUUUUUCCUACUACAUAUUGUAUUGUUCACAGCUUUGCAAAAAUGUGGAUUACUAAGCUGUUGAGGUAGAAACUUGUGGAAGAAGUUAAACAAAGAUCAUCAGAACCAAUGUAUACAAACAUAGAUGUUCAUGCUAUUAGACAAUAAAAUUUAGCCACAGACCAUUUGUAAAAUAUCACAAAUGAAAUGGCAUGUUUUUCUAAACUACAGGUCCUUUCUCCCAUGUUGUGGGAUUAUUGGAUAAGACUGUUGAGCAAGUAGGUCUAUUAGUUCAUGGUCUAAGGCGGAUUAAUGUUUUUGUGUAUCAAUGAAGAAAGAAAUCACUUUCAAAGACAUUCAAUGUUUGAGAGGAACCAGCCGGGGGUAUUUUUUAUUCAGUGGGCGGAAUGAAUGAAUGAAGUGAAGCGAGUUUUACCGGCGCUCGAGUCCGUGACAUGAACAUCCAUACAGAUCGAUUUAAUGGAAAACAAUGACAGAGAAAAACGCGUCGAACAGACGGAUCAUGACCGAGAUGUUUUGUUGCAAAAGGACACGGAUAAUAGAGGAACAAGCUCGCUAUCCUCAGCCUCUUUUAAUUUCAUAAACUCCAUCAUCGGAUCCGGAAUUAUCGGUUUGCCAUACUCUAUGAGUCAGGCAGGUCUCCCAUUGGGCCUUCUGUUGCUUAUUCUGGUUGCCUUCAUCACAGAUUACUCCAUCAUCCUGCUGGUUAGAGGAGGAAAUCUGUCUGGGACUCAGAGUUAUCAAACUCUGGUGCAAAGCACAUUUGGCCUGACGGGAUAUUUCAUUCUCUCUGGUUUGCAGUUUAUGUAUCCAUUCAUUGCAAUGAUCAGCUACAACAUUAUAACAGGUGAUACACUGACCAAAGUUUUUAUGAGAAUCCAAGGAGUUGGACCAGAAGACAUUUUGACACAGAGACAUUUUGUAAUUUUGAUGACCACUAUUUUAUUCACUACCCCUCUGUCUCUUUACAGAGAUAUAGCAAAGCUGGGAAAGGUAUCUUUAUUGUCCAUGCUUUUGACUGCUACCAUCCUCAUCAUGGUAAUCGUGAGAGCAGCCACACUUGGACCACAGAUACCUCCAUCAGAUGAUGCAUGGGUGUUUGCCCGCUGGAAUGGCGUUCAGGCAGUUGCCGUCAUGUCGUUUGCCUUUAUCUGCCACCACAACAGCUUCAUGAUCUUUGGGUCACUGCAGGAGCCCACGUUGAGUAACUGGUCUCUGGUCACGCAUGUGUCCGUGGGCUCAGCUCUUGUGGUCAGUGCAGUCUUUGCAGCUGCGGGUUAUGCAACUUUUACCGGCUACACACAAGGUGAUAUAUUUGAGAACUACUGCAGGAAUGAUAACUUGGCCACGUUCGGUCGAUUCUGCUAUGGUGUCAGUAUAAUCACCACAUUCCCUCUGGAGUGCUUUGUAACCCGUGAGGUGGUCUCGAAUAUCUUUUUCAAAGAAGAACUCAGUAACACUGCCCACAUCAUUGUUACCAUGGUCAUUAUAUCAGCAGGGACUGCGAUAUCCCUCUGUUAUGACUGUCUGGGUAUCGUACUGGUACUAAAUGGAGUUCUGAGUGCGACACCCCUCAUCUUCAUCUUCCCCUCUGCCUGUUUUCUGAAGCUCUCAAAUGGCAGCUGGUUUCGUGGGGAAAACCUCAUUCCCAGCAUCAUCCUGGUGGCGGGUGUUUGCAUCAUGAUAAUCGGUGUCAUCAUGAUGGCGCUCUUCCCUCGGUUCUCAGCACCACCAGCAGUUUCCUAA